CUAAAGCUAAGCUAAAACUUAUUAUUAUUMGUAAAAUAAUAAAAAACAAUAUGGAGAGAAAAAACUAAGUCUUCAUUCUCACACUUUCUCUCAUAGCACAUUUUGUCCCAGUCAUGGGGGGUUCUUCUUCAUCAUCUGCUCCUCCACGGCGUCCACUUUUAACAACUGCAUGGAGAAAAAUACCCUGGGGAAACAAACAGGAACCUCUGCAGGACAUUAAGAAUUUUCAACCUCAACAUGAAGACAUCGAAGCCAUCAGAGUUUUACUCCAUGGACCAGUUGGUGCAGGAAAGUCCAGUUUCAUCAACUCUGUCAACAACGUCUUGCAAGGGAGAAUGACCCAUGAAGCUCUGGCCAGUUCCACAACCUCUGACCAAAGUUUCACCAAGUAUCAAACCUAUAAAGUCAAGAAAGAAGGCAGGGGAAACUUUUAUCCCCUUGUGUUCAAUGACAUCACGGGUAUGGAGGAAGGACCUGGAGUCAGAACAGAUGACAUCAAACUGGCCUUGAAGGGACAUGUGAAGGAUGGAUAUAAGUUCAAUCCUUCAUCUCCCCUUUCUGAUGGUGAUCAUGGCUACAUUUCUUCCCCGACCAUCAGUGACAAAGUUCAUGUUCUGGUCUGCAUUUAUUCUGCUAAUGCAUCAGAAAUGAGGUCAUCAGUUUUGCAGAAAAUGAGGGAAAUCAGAGAAGCAGCCAGUGAUCUGAGAAUCCCUCAGCUGGCGAUUCUCACACACAUUGAUGCAGUCUGUGGUGAAAUAGAAACAAAUAUCAAAAACGUCUACAGGAGCAAAUAUUUGAAGAGAAAGAUGACUGACUUCAGCUCCAGGCUGGGGAUCCCAAUGAACUGCAUCCUCCCAGUGAAGAACUACAGUCAUGAAAUUCAACUGAAUCCAGACGUCGACGCUCUGAUCCUGAGUGCGUUGAGGCUUAUGAUUGAUUUUGGAGACGACUACGCCGACACACUGUGAAGUCACGGCACAAAAUGUUAUCCAGUCAAUAGUGUCUGUUUAAAGUAAACUUUUAUUUUUCUUUAAGUUGGUUUAAUUUAAAACUCCAACCAGGUGUAAACACCAGAGAAAUGGCAAAAGACAACAAAAAUACACUGUAAAACAUAAUUAAUUUCUCCUUAUUUAAAAAGUAUAUACAAACUCAUUGCCUCAAAGUUGUUUAGUUUUCAUUAAAUUCACUGAGUAACACUGACAUUUCAAUUUUAGUGAGUUUAACUUAAGUUCACAUAAUAAAUCAGAGUUUGUUGGCAUCCAAAGCUUUGUUG